AUGGCAGAACCGAGUCGCAAAGAGGAGACCUUCGACCCUAGUCAGUCGAGUGGAUGUAGCGCUGGUAAGAGUAGACACGGGCUGUACAAGGCGAAUCAUGGGCCUGAUCCUCCCACCGAAGGCCCUGGGGCCUGGGCAGCGAUCCUGUCCGUCGCCGCGAUAGGGCUUAGUGCAUACCUCAAGUCCCGCGACAGUGACUUUAUCACCAACCAAGAAAAGGUUUCCGCGGUCUACGACUUUAUUUUGGGGUGCAGCAUCACCACCUUCGCCCACAUUUUUCUCUUAUCCAAAACUCUUACCGAGCAUAAGCGACGGCGGGGGAUGGUAAUACAGUUCUCUGUAUUUUUCCUUUGGUGCGUGGCAGCAGUCGUAAUGACAGCCUUGCGCAAAGAUCUCUACCAUGGGUGCCCCUUUCGUAAAGACGAGCUCAGUGGAAUAGGCCUGGGUGUUCAUUGUGGGAAAAUUGUUGCUUUGCACGUCGUUGUCUGGGUUGAGAUCGUUCUCCAGAUUUUAGCCUUCCUUUGCCAGGGCGGUGGCCAAGAAGCUUCCUGCACACCGCCUUCCGACGAUGCUACCACGAAUGUCGCCCCCGCAAGCAAUACGAUCCAAGAAGGUACCCGCGCAGUCGACUUGGAAAUGGGGAUGGUUCCUGCUAGAACCCCGGGAGAGAAUGGCAGCGCAACAGAGCAACCGGUGUUGAAGGAUGCUCGGGCAGGUCAAGGUGCUGACGCUCUCAUCGAAGGCCCUGGGACCUGGGCGGUAAUCAUUUCCGUCGCCGCCAUCGUACUCAGUGCAUACCUCGUGGCACACGGCAGUGACUUUGUACCCAAACAAGAAGACGUUUCCUCGGUCUACCCCUUCAUUUUGACUUGCAGCCUCCUCACCUUCAUCCAGGCUGUUCUCGUAUGGGUGGGCUUUUCUGGAGGGGAUCAACGCCGUAACGGCGGGCCUCGACAGGGUGUUCAUUGCGGGAGAAUUAUAGCUUUGCACGUCGUCGUCUGGGCUGUAGUCGUCCUACAAAUCCUGGCGUUCUUUUACGAUCGUAGAGGCCGGACCUCUUCCACACCGCCUUCGGAUGAUGCGAAGAAGUCUAUCAACAAAGGUUCUCGUGGAGUCGACCUGGAAAUGGGGAAGGUUCCCGCCAGCACCCCAGGCCAGCUCGUCCUAUCCGCCUGGCUCACAUCCAAGUUCAACGCGGGCGACAAAGCACCUUCGCAAGCAGUGGACAUCCUCGUACACUCCAUACUCGGAUCGUCGAUUUGGACCGUGCUGUUCUUUGCGGGGCUGUGGUUGGGGUAUCCGAGGAAGAGGCCCAGCAGGAAUGGAUUAUUUUGGACGCUCGUCACUUGGGUUAUGUGGCUCGGUUUUGGGGUGACGACGACUGUGAUGUAUGAAGGGACGUAUAGUUGCCCGAGAUCACCAUUCCCCCAUUGUGCGCAAUUGAUCACGCUGCAAGUCUUCAUCUGGGUGCAGUGUUUGACCACCGGGUCCAUCAUAUUCUUCCUUGACGACAAACCUACGAAAAGGGAAUCACGGAAAGGAGCUACUACUAGUACUAGGAGGAGGACCGCACGAUCGACAAGUCUGAGGUUGGAGGGUAGCGACUUGGAGAGGGUUUAG